GCUGCCUGGGUUCAUCCUUAGGAAGGAGAGUUCAUCACCCAUGUCCACCAUGGCCUUGUCUCCUUGUCAUCUUCUCAUCCUGGUCUUCGCUUAUUACUCAGGUACUGAGAUGGGUACCUGCCCAAUUUUAGAUCCCUUUUCCUAUUCUACAAAAUAGGCAUUGCCAUUCCAUCGGGCACAUCUUGAUCUUGGUUUUGGGUGCCCAGGUCAUUUGAGCUGAUUUGAGUGGAAGGGCUGAUGGACCCAUGACUUUGCCUUGAGCUGGGAUAUGUGUAGAGCAGAUGCUCAUUUGGACCUAUAGUGUCCAGGCGACCAUUUCUGCAUGCAUCCCCACUCAAGCCAAGGUCAUUCCAUCCACCAACCCCUUGGUCUUCCAAUUAUUUAUCUCUGCUUAUAUUUCACCCCCUUCCAGGUUCUGUGGCCCAAUAUGUUCUUAAUCAGCCACCCUCAGUCUCUGUAUCUCUAGGACAAACUGCAGAAUUCUCAUGUUCAGGAGAAAGGGUUGAUAAGCACUAUGUUUACUGGUACCAGCAAAAACCUGGUGGCAUCCCCAAGGCAGUUAUAUAUAAGGACAAGGAAAGACCUGCUGGGAUUCCAGAACGAUUUUCUGGUCGCAGCAGUGGAAAAACAGUCACCUUAAUCAUCGCUGGUGUUCAACAGCAAGAUGAAGCUGAUUAUUACUGUCAAGGAUGGGAUAAUGUCACUGCCUCUCAGCACAGUGGUGUGUUCAGAGGGGGAAGUAAGACGCAAACCUUUGGUCCUCAAAGGCAGUUGCAGCUGCCACAUCUUACCGGGUCUCAG